CCUAUCUAGAGUCUGUGCUUUCUUGCUAUGCAGAGUUCAGGAAAUUCCUGAUAGGUUGUUUUGGGGGCACUGCUGCCUAGAUGUUGCUGCUGUGUUCCGGAGGGAAAAGAAGGCUUCUCCCCAGGAGCCUCCCAGCCUUUGCAGUAACUACAGACAGGAAACUUAAAAUCUGAGCUUACUGAGUUAAGGCCGGUAGAAGAUGGGAUACCUUGGCAGAUAUGGAGGGAUCAGGAGUUAUCUAGGCCUCUGCCCAUUGCCCUAGGCCUUUGUAAGAUUCUCUCACAUAGUUGUGUCCCUGUGGCUUUGCUGCAUCCCUGUGUACUUUGUCCCGCAACCAGAGCAUGGGCUGAGUAGAGGAAACGGGAAGAUGGGGUUGGACCAGGAUGCUGCUGAGCACUCAGGCUCCAGGCAGGGCCAGCCGGGACUGGGUCUUGGAUGGUGUAGAAAGAUAGAGCUGGAAGGGAGAUUGCAGAGAAGAAGGAAGAAGGAAGGAAAGCAGGGCCACGACACAGAGCCUGGGGAGGGGCCAUGGUGCCAAGCCAGUUGUGGGGGAGACUGGAGAAGCCGCUUCUCUUCCUGUGCUGUGCCUCCUUCCUCCUGGGGCUGGCUUUACUGGGCAUAAAGCCAGACAUCGCCCCUGUUGCUUAUUUCUUUCUCACCUUGGGUGGUGUCUUCUUCCUUGUCUGCCUCCUGGCCUGUUCUCUGGAAUGGGGGUACCGAUCAAGGCAGACGGAGAGCACAGGGGCCUCAGGCAAUGCACGUGACAAUGAAGCCUUUGAGGUGCCAACCUAUGAAGAGGCUGUGGUGGAAUCACAAUGCCGCCCUCAGCAGUCCGAUCAACCACCGCCCUACAGCAGUGUUGUCAUCCCCCCAGGACUUGAGGAAGGACAGCCUAGCCACCCAGAGGGGCCCGAUAGAGCCAGAUUGGAAAGGCGAGUGGGCUCAGAGGGAUCUAUGACCCCACAAAACUCUGGAAGAGUUCCAGUCAGCCUUCGGCUUCGGGGACCCCGGGUCACGUCCACUGUCCCUGAUCUGCAGAGCUUGGGGGUGCCCCCCAAAUUGGAGCCCCUGACUCCUCCCCCUGCCUAUGAUGUCAGCUUUGGUCAACCUGAUGACAAUGUUUUCUUUGAAAACAACUGGACGCCCCCUUAAAAGACUUUCCUGCGAUCUAUCAUCUCUGCACCAGACCCAUUCAUGAACUCGACCAGCAUUUCCCAGGGCCUGCGAUGUGUCAGGGACUGUGCUUCUGCUUAGGGAACUGAACGCAGAACAGAGUCGGUCUGUCGUGCACCUUUUCCAGCUGAGAUGUACUCGGCACAAUUUGAGUCUUAAGGUUAACACUGAGUCAGCUACCUACCCCAUAUCCGAUAUUUCCAGAGUUAGACGGCGAGAGGCUGAUCCAGACAAUCUGGAGAAGGAAGAAAAGAAAAA